UAGACGUUCUGAUUGUAUUGCUAAAAAUAUCAAAUGUUAGCAGUUUAUAUGUCCAGGCAAACAUUUAGGCCUGAUGUCUAUAUAACAUUAAGAAGGGCUCCUGGUGUGCCUCCCUGGAGAAGGCAUGCUAAAUGCCAGGAGCCACAACCGAAAAUACUCUCUUUCCAGUCACCCACACCUGCUACAUUUCAGAUGGCAAGGGCACCUGGAGAAAGGCCUCAGGCAAAUUGAUGUGGGAGAUGGCGGUCCAACAGGCCUAGGAAUCCCCUGUACAUUUUUAUGAGAUGAGCUGGACGCUGCCUUUGGCUCCUUUGCUCGUGGGAUUGCUGCUGACAAGAACCAUGGCUUGGACCUCAACUGGAAAGACAUAUGGUGAACUGCUCAACAAUCUUUUCAAAAAUGGUGUGAUUAAAUCUCGGCGUGUCUAUGAUGUCUUGUCGGCCACAGAUAGAGCCCACUAUAUCAAGUAUUUUCCAUAUAUGGACUCUCCUCAGUCAAUUGGGUACAAGGCUACAAUCAGUGCACCUCACAUGCAUGCUCAUGCCCUUGAGUUACUGAAGGACCAGCUAGUGGAAGGAGCCAAGGCACUGGAUGUAGGGUCAGGAAGUGGAUACCUCACGGCUUGCUUUGCUAGGAUGGUGGGUCCCACAGGGAAGGCAGUGGGCAUUGAACACAUUGAAGAGCUUGUUCACGAAUCCAUAAAAAAUGUCAGAGAAGAUGAUCCAACUUUGCUGAGCUCUGGCCGAAUAAAACUUCUAGUUGGGGAUGGCAGGAAGGGGUACCCCGAAGAAGCCCCUUAUGAUGCUAUCCAUGUUGGAGCAGCUGCCCCCACAGUUCCAAAGGCGUUGCUGAAUGAGUUGAAACUAGGCGGACGACUAAUUCUGCCAGUUGGACCAGAGGGUGGAAACCAGGUUAUGAUGCAGUAUGACAAAACAAAAGAUGGUCAGAUUGUGGAAAAGCAGCUGAUGGGGGUGAUAUAUGUUCCCCUGACAGACAAGGAGAAGCAGUGGCCUCGGUGCAGUGACCAGAACUGCACACAGUAUUCUAACUGUGGUUGCAAGUCUAGCAAAAUGAUUUCAUCAUCUUGGUGCAUCAUUUGUUUUAUUCAUUUUAUGCUGUGAUCCCAGGCUCAUUGGGGUGAACUUUAAAAAGACUUAAAUCACUUGUAAAGGAUCUUUGGAAAGCCUGUGAACUACGUUUGGAAGGAAUAGGCAUUCAUAUGCUGUAUAUACAAACACAUAUGGCUCUGCUUUUUGAAUGGACCUUUUUGAUGCUAUCUCAAAUACAGAUUUAGGAGACGCCUUUCUGCCAGCCCAGCAAUUUACUCAUUACCGCCAACCCCAAGCACUCUUGAAGUUGGGAGACAAAGAAGCUUGAUAGUUUCAAGACUAACAAGUAGUAUUAGUCCCGCUGUCCUGUUUCAUAGAUUUGCAUACACAGGAUUUUAUUUCUAAAGAGGAAGAAAUAAUUGAGCUAUGUAUCUGUGCACUCUAUGAAAUAAGGAACCAAUUCUUAUUUGGUCAUCUGAAACUUGGGAAACGUUUUCCAUAGUCUACUACAACAGAAAAAAUACUGGAAAUAAACUGCAUUUGUAACUACUUAACCUAAUAAAAUAAUGAACUUUGA